AUGGCGGCCGAGGGGAGGGACAGGGGCUCGCCGUCGUCGGCCAUGGGGCAGGGCGACCAGAGCGCCAAGAAGCAGAGGGUGGAGCAGCUGCCCAACGGCUCGGCGGUGAAGCAAGAAGUCGUCGUGCACGAUGGAGCCGGAGGCGCCGUCGUCGCGGAGGUGAACGGGGCCAGGGUGGAGGUCACCCUCAAGAUGGACAUCUCGGUUCUCCACUGCCCCCUUUGCUUCUCCCCUCUCAAGCCCCCUGUCCACAAGUGUAAGGCCGGACAUCUGGCCUGCGGCGGCUGCGUCGCCGAUCUGCCGGGGAACCAGUGCCGUCGAUGCGAGCACGGCGGCGCGUUCGACCAUGAGCCGGCGAUGGACGCCGUCGUCUCGGCGGCGCGGGUGGAGUGCCCGCACGAGGGCUGCGGCCGCUACGUCGCCUACUACGAGGCCAGCGACCACAAGAGCGCCUGCCUGCACGCGCCGUGCCUGUGCACGGAGCCCGGCUGCGGCUUCGCGGCCCCGCCGUCCGCCCUCGUCGCGCACCUCUCCGCCGCCCACUCCGUGCCCGUGCACAGGAUCCCCUGCGGCAGGCCCAACAAGAUCCAGGUGCCGGUGCCGUGCCCCCCGCGGCGCCUGAUCGUCGUCACCGGGGACGACGGGCGCCACGGGCCCGUGUUCCUCCUCACGCUCGGCGCGCUCGGCGCCGUCACCGUCGUGUCCGUGGUCUGCGUCCGGGCGGACACGUGCAUGGUGCCCCGGUACACGGUUAAGAUGUGGGCCAAUGGGCCGCCACCGGGGCCGGGGUCGGCGGCGAACCGCAAGACAGACACCGUGCUGGCGGACGUCGAGGCGGUGAGCAGCUCGUCGCCGGGCGGUGUCGCCUUGGAGGACCUGACGUCGUACCUCAUGGUGCCGCCACGCUACCUGGUCGGGCCUGCCGCGUCCAAGGAGCUUCCUCUCCACAUCCGUAUCGAGAAGAACAUCUCCGCCUGA